UUCCUGUUUAUCGUUGAUUUAUUGUUAUUUAACCUGACGAAAUGUUGCUUGUUGCUGUUGAAAAUCCUACAGAUAUUAGCAGCGGAUGAAUUAUCAGCCGCAAUUAAUAACAAUAGAGCCAUUUAAUUAAAACGCCAUUGUUUGUGCAGAUAAUUUAUAAUUCCAGUUUAUUAGAAGGGUUAAUGCUGAUCGGGUUCGUUAUCUAGUUAAUUAGAGACCUUUUCAUAAAUAAUUGCCCACAUAAACGUUGACUCGUUACAUAACAAAUGCGCUUGGCAAGAUAAACAUUAUUAAACGUUGUAUGUUAAUACAUAACACCUGAUAAGUUGCGAGCAGCUCCCAAUAAACUAAUAACGCUUUAAUAAACCGGCGUAAUCAAUUUAAUUAACUGUUAACAUUUCGUAAAAUACACGCUAUCGAAUUGUUCAAACAGAUUAAGCCUGGCUGGUCGGCGUGGUUAAAUGUGGAGGGAAGCAUGCGUAAAUAACGGAUUUAUCUCCAUUGGUCUAAUGGAAGGAGGCGGGGAAAGAUGCGAGGUUCCAGUUUCACAGUCAACAGUUUUGCCAGAUAUGUCGAAUUCGAUUCGAGAGCCGAAAACGCGCACUGUGUACAGUAUCGAUCAGAUUUUGGGAUUCACUUCCGGCAAUGAACAUUGUGGCAGCAGUGCUGAAGACGGGAAGCACACCAUUAGUAACUCGAAUGAGAGUUCGGAAGAUAUGGAAGAGCCAAGGCCUAGAAAAGUGCGCCGAUCUAGAACAACUUUCACCACCUACCAGCUGCAUAUUUUGGAAUCGGCAUUCGAGAAGACUCAGUAUCCAGAUGUGUUCACCAGAGAGGAACUUGCUAUGAGGCUGGAUCUAACAGAGGCCAGAGUCCAAGUUUGGUUCCAAAAUCGCCGAGCCAAAUGGCGCAAACGGGAGAAAUCUCUGGGCCGUGAAACCAACACGUUAAUCCACAGCGAUCAGCAAAACUUGGCAGACUAUCAAAUGCACAUGAUCCCGUCGAUCAACGAGUCGUUUUGGCCACGAACCCAAAUCCCUCCCGUCUAUGGGACACCGUCGAUCGGCUUCCCAUGGCCAGGGAACCAACUUGGGGUUCCAAACAUCCAGGCCUUCCUGAUGACCAGAUUCGCGUUAGCGGAAAGCGUGGCUAAAUUCGGCGGUUGGAGCGAGAAGCUGAAGAAUCCACCCGAUACGAAUUCGGGCGGUUCCAGCCCACCACCUCCUCCAUAGUUGAAAAGUGAGGAAUCUUGCAGAUGCUUUGCUAACCGGUUUUGGUAGGUCGUUUUCAAAUCCUUCCAACUUGAGCAGCAGGAGAGGACUUUUUGGAGCACGUGGAAUUUCCUGCUGUGUAUUAUUUCACUGUUAAUCAACUUUGUUCGAUUUUGUAGAUAUCUGCGUAUAUUUCCGUUAGUUAACUAGUGUAGGUUUUACCUUGACUUUGUAAAUCUGAAUGUUGGACGACUGGAAAAUAAAUAUAUUUUU